CCAGCCUCAAAGCAAAUCUGCCGAUUCCACCACAUCUCAUCAUCUCCCUUUAGAUCUGUUGAUUUCAUCGCACGACGUCGACUACUCCACCACACGGUGCCUCCGCCGCUCCGCCGGCGUCGCUGCCCUCACCUUCGCUUUGGUGCCUUCGCCCUCCACCAUCGCUCUGUUUAUGUAUCUCCGAAUUCUCAGAUUUGAAAGUAAUCUUCAAGGCCAAAUCUUCCAACUUAAAGCCAUAUUUUCGGCGCCGAUGACGGCAGCGGCAGGUGGCACCGGUGACGGCGGUGGCAGGUGGCGGCGAUGACGUUGGCAGGCGGCGGCGGUGACGGAGACUGCAUGUGACAUGGGUGGUUGAACUGUUACGGUUGGAGAUGAUGAUGACCUGCAGUUGGAGACAUGGACUUUUAUUUUAAUUAGAAAUCUAAAUAAAAACUUAUUAGGGGCACGCAUUUAUGUACA